UGCACAUUCGUACCGAUAGAUCAGUAUCACCGGCCUGCAUGACCUCGAGGUGGUGAGGGGCGGCACGCAUAGACGCAGCGGAUAUGGAAGCAUCAUUCUCGGCAGAUCGUCUCAAAGCAUUUCAUCACGCAUUGACUUGCCUCAGUAAGCUUGGAGAGGUGCUCAACUUUCAUAUCAGCAGAGGGCUUGUCCCGAUCGAGACAGAAGGCUCCACACACGGUGCAGGCAACGCCGAGACGGUACUGCAGACGUCUCUUCGCGUGUCUGCCAUCAAUUCGUCCUCGUCUGCCUUUUGCGCCUUUGUCUUCGCAGAGAGCUUCUUCGACCACAUCAGACUCAAACCUUCUUCUAGAUCAAGCGAGGCUCCCAAGAAGCUCGAGUGUCAGGUCAAUACUCGUUCCCUUCUUGCCAGCCUCAAGACCAGCAGCAGCCGCAAGCUCGACAAAUGCGAGUUCAGCAUCACAGACGGGCAGGAGUGCUACUUUGCAGUUCGCCUGCAUCAUCAAUUUGGUGUGACUAAGACACAUCGAUUGACUUACGAAGCGCAAGAAGCCCUCUACCCGUCUGCGAAUCCUGACAAUGCGUCCAUCAUCGUCGUAGGCGCAGAGGCAGUGCAGGAAUGGCUCCUUCACUUUGCCAUCACGGGCAGAGGUGCCGACAUUAGCUUCUGGUGUGAAGCUGACAGCUGCUCCGUCAGAAGCAAGAGCGACGAGUUCGAUGUCGGCAAGAAUCGCAGAUCAAUCCAGACGGAAGUAAAGGUGGAUCCAACUCAGUUCGACGUCUACCAGGUGUCUGGCGAGGUAUUCCUCAGCCUGCCCCUGAAGGAGUUCAGAGCUGCUGUGGCCUUUGCCGAGGCGAUAGGAUCGCAUCUGGAGCUGCACUUCUCAGCAGGGGGUGAGCCUCUCUUCAUCAAAAUCCUUGGUGACAGCUUGAGUGCCGAGGUGGUCAUCGCAACCACCGAUUCGAAGCCGGCGCCAAGAGAUGGUCAGCUUUCUGGAGCUACCGCUGCCUCCCAUACGUCGCCCAGUACUCAAAGAAGAGAUGACACACAUCUGAAUGUUGGCAAGGUCCCGCAGCCGACGAUACCCGGCCCUGGGGCAGACAUCUCGCCAGCUACCAAUGGGUUAGAGGAGACUACAGGCCAGACACCAAAAAUCGAACGUAUGGCAAAGCAGGGCCCUCCCCCUACGUUCCAGGCGGCUGUCCCGUCGCAGGAGCCUUCCACUGUCGUGGGUCCCCCAUUGAGACCCUCUCAAUUUCCCCAAGAAUCGACACCUCCAUCGGAAUCUCGGUCGCAUAACCGCAGAACUAUCCCGCAACCACCCCCUCCCAUGCAAGCACAAACACAGGAUGAGGAUUUCAGUACGAGCCUAUUCAGAGGCGGCCCCUCUGCCUCACAAGAACAACCUCCUCUCUCGCGAGCUUCCGCUCCCGCAAGUGCACGUAUCGUCGCCCCGCCCUCCGCAUCCUCCCGCCGUCGCCUUACCAGCGAGCCUCAUCUGUCUCUCGCACAGGACGGUGAUGAGGGGGACGAUACGUUCGAUUGCGGGGACGGCAUCGACUAUGGAGGGGCUCUGGACGAGAUGGAGCGGGACAUUGAGGCUGGUCAUCUUGUUGUACAUGGCUCGCAGGCAUUCAAGAGUAGCCAAGCAGCUGCGCCAGAAAAGAGCGAAGCGAAGCGGAUAUCGCUCGAGCAACGAGACGAUUCACCGGGAGAUGAAACGGCCGGUGAUGAGGCUUCCGCGGUAGAACCAGCAGCAGCAGAAGCGGGAGAGGAGAGCACGACCAUGGACGAGUCUAUUGCGCAAUACGAAGCAGGCUCGGACGAUCGUGGGCAGGCAGGCGAGAGCAUUCAGCAGGAGGCGGUCGAGGAGGAAGAGCUGCCCCCGACGCAGGCUCCCCGUGCGGCAGCUGGAGAUGCAGGUCUGACCGAUGGAGAUCGCAUCAGGUCCGCCGCUGAAGAGGAGGAGUCGCUGCCUCGCAAAAAGAAGUUCAGGCCGAUGAACUUCUGACAGAGAGGCGUAUCACUAUGUCGCUGCGGGUCGUGGGUAUGGUCCGACUAUCAUUGAGGGUCGUAAUAGGGUCGUAAUAAUAUGUAAUUGUACAAAGACUGAGCAAUGUCGAUUGCUGCAUGGGGUAUGUCGUCUGCUUUCUUACCGCGUGCCCAUUGAUCUACUCGAAUGUGCGGCUCAUUCUUACAGUUCGUCCGCCUCUUCCAGCCCUUCGUCCAUCGCUGUAGCUCUCCGUUCCUUUCGACUCCUCCCGCUCCUUCCACCCGAGGAUCGUCCACCGUCCGAACUCCCAGCAGUACCGCCUCUACCACCGUCACUGACCUGCUCAUUGCCGAGGUAGCGUCUCUCCCUGUAGCUCAUCUUCUUCGGUGAGAUCUGACUGCUCGGCGAGCCCCACACGUCCACAUCUUCUUGCACUGCCUCAUCUCCUUCC